AGUAAAUCGCUGACGGUAUACCCUAUGCCCAGAUCAAGGAGAACGUCAAGGACGUCAUGUUCUACUGCUGAGCUCCCAUGGAGCUGUUCUUUGUGCGACCUACCCUCGCCUCAGUUGUGUGUGAGAGACUGAGAUGGCGAUGACUCUGUUUUCCCAUGGAGCCUGUUGCUCGUAGUUAUCUUGUUCAGUUCGUAGUAGCCAGGAUAUCUAUGACUGUCUUUGUUACCUUUAACUCUAUUUGAGACCUAUCCUAUGCAAGCGGUUUAAGUUACCAAGUGGUUUUGCUAGUUGCCAUAUUGUUGUGUGCUAUUAUGAUCUUUGGGUUCUUAAAGUUAGAUUCUUCUUCGGCUUUGUGGCUGGGAUCUGGUGAACUAUUUUGGUUCUGGAUUUUGGGUUUGUAACAGGUCCAAGUCAGAGGAGCAACUUGUUUGAGUUUCUCUUGGCUUGCACUUGGGCUUCAGAUCCAAAUUGGUAAGCCAUGAAUUGGUGCUGAUGUUACGCACCCCCCACCUGGAGAGGACUCUGCAUCAUCUAUUGCUGCGGUGGUGGCAUCAAUGGACUGGCCAGAGAUCGCCAAGUACAGAGGUCUUGUCUCUGCUCAACCACACAGGCAGGAGAUAAUCGAAGACCUCUUCAGUGUCACCAAAGAUCCGCAGAGGGGUAAUGUCAAUGGUGGCAUGAUCAGGGAGUUACUGAUUGCCUUCCGCAGAAAGACAGGCCGGAGGCCUGAGAGGAUACUCUUCUACAGGGAUGGCGCAAGCGAAGGCCAAUUCAGCCAUGUUCUGCUUCAUGAAAUGGACGCAAUCAGGAAGGCCUGCGCCUCAUUGGAGGAGGGGUAUAUGCCCCCAGUCACCUUUGUGGUUGUCCAGAAAAGGCAUCACACCAGGCUGUGCCCUGAGGUUCAUGGGAGGCGUGAUAUGACUGACAAGAGUGGGAACAUACUUCCAGGAACUGCGAUGACGCUGGUUUGCCGUGGAGCCUGUUGCUCGUAGUUAUCUUGUUCAGUUCGUAGUAGCCAGGAUAUCUAUGACUCUGUCUUUGUUACCUUUAACUCUAUUUGAUACCUAUCCUAUGCAAGCGGUUUAAGUUACCAAGUGGUUUUGCUAGUUGCCA